AUGGCAAAACAGUCGGAGGUGCUGACAAAGAUAUGGACUUCCUUGUUGCUGGUGUGGAUUAUGUGUGUUUCUCAUAUGUCCACCACACCCUUGGUCAACCACUCAAAAAGUUUACAAACUGGAUCCGUCAUGGGCCUCCGUGGGCCUGGCGAAGGACAAAGACUCCUGAGUCGUGCCAAGAGGGGAUGGGUUUGGAAUCAAAUGUUUGUGCUGGAAGAGUUUUCUGGACCUGACCCAAUUCUAGUUGGCAGGCUUCACACUGAUUUAGACAUCGGUGGCAAAAACAUCAAGUAUGUUCUGGCUGGCGAGGGAGCAGGGACCAUCUUUGCCAUCAAUGAGAAGACAGGCGACAUCCACGCCAUGAAGAGAUUGGACAGGGAAGAGAAGGCUGAAUAUACUCUCACAGCGCAAGUCAUCAACAGGGACACCAACGAGCCCAUGGAACCACCCUCAGAAUUCACUAUCAAAGUACAGGACAUCAAUGACAAUGCGCCUGAGUUCAUUGGUGGCCCUUUCCACGCAACGGUUCCAGAGAUGUCCCAAGUGGGAACAUUUGUUACAAAGGUGACAGCGACCGAUGCAGAUGACCCAGUGUAUGGAAACAGUGCCAGGCUGGUGUACAGCAUUUUGGAAGGGCAACCUUACUUCUCCAUCGACGCCAACACUGCUGAUAUUAAAGUCGCGUUGCACGCAAUGGAUCGUGAGAUGAGGGAGGAGUACCUGGUAGUCAUUCAAGCGAAGGACAUGGGUGGUCAUAUGGGAGGGUUGUCAGGGACAACAACCAUCACAAUCACACUUACAGAUGUCAACGAUAAUCCACCAAAGUUUUCAAAAAACCUGUAUGAAUUUGUCAUACCAGAGGAACUCGGCAUCGGAAAAGCAGGAGGGAAGGUGAAGGCAAAUGACAGAGAUAUAGGAGAGAAUGCCAGAUCAACGUACAGUAUCAUUGAUGGAGAUGAGAAGGAUGUUUUUGAGAUUAUCACUGAUCCGCAGACGCAGGAGGGAGUCAUCCAGCUCAGGAAGCCCCUGGACUUUGAGAUGAAGAAAUCCUAUUCUCUGAAGGUGGAAGCUACCAACGUCCACUUUGAUCCUCAGUUCAGCAGCAGUGGCCCCUUCAGGGACACCGCCACUGUGAAGAUAGCGGUGGAGGAUUCGGACGAGCCUCCGGUGUUCUCCAAAUCGAGUUACCUGCUGCAGGUGCACGAAAACGAGUCCAUCGACACCGUUAUUGGGCAGGUGGCUGCCCGUGACCCGGAUUCUGCCACAAGCCUCAUCAGGUACUUCAUCGAUCGCCACACAGACCUAGAGAGACAGUUCAAUGUUGAUGUUGAUGACGGGAGAAUAACUCUGGCCAAACCACUUGAUAGGGAGACAGAUAUGUGGCACAACAUCACUGUGACAGCCACAGAAGUCAGGAAUCACAGCCAAAUCUCUCGAGCCAUCGUUGCCAUUCGAGUUUUGGACAUUAAUGACAAUGCCCCAGAAUUUGCCACAGAAUUUGAAGCUUAUCUCUGUGAAAACGGCAAACCUGGGCAGGUCAUACAGACUGUCAGUGCUGUUGAUAAAGAUGAUCCAAAGAAUGGACAUUCCUUCUUCUACAGCCUAGUGCCAGAAAUGUUAAACAAUCCUAAUUUCACAAUAAAAAACAAUGGAGACAACUCCAUCAGUGUGUUAGCCAAGCACGACAUGUUCCGGCGGCAAAGGCAGGAGAUGUACUACCUGCCCAUUGUCGUCAAGGACAAUGGAAACCCACCUAUGAGCAGCACCAACACCCUGACCAUUCGGGUGUGUGGCUGCAGCAAAGAGGGCAUCGUCCAAUCCUGCAACGUGGAAGCUUACGUUCUGCCAAUUGGACUCAGCAUGGGAGCCUUAAUAGCUAUCCUCGCAUGCAUCAUCUUACUAUUAGUCAUUGUCGUCCUGUUCGUGACGCUUCGGAGACACAAAAACGAGCCUCUGAUAAUCAAAGAUGAUGAGGAUGUCCGAGAGAACAUCAUCCGCUACGAUGAUGAGGGCGGCGGCGAGGAGGACACGGAGGCCUUUGACAUCGCCACGCUCCAGAACCCCGACGGCAUCAACGGCUACCUUCCACGGAAAGACAUCAAGCCAGACCUGCAGUUCAUGCCCAGGCAAGGCCAGCACUCUGGCCCCAACGGUGUGGAUGUGGACGAGUUCAUCAACGUGAGGCUUCAUGAGGCGGACAAUGACCCCACAGCACCCCCGUAUGACUCCAUCCAGAUAUAUGGCUACGAAGGGCGGGGCUCUGUGGCUGGCUCAUUAAGCUCCCUAGAAACAUCAUCCUCAGAUUCGGACCAGAACUAUGACUACCUCAGAGAGUGGGGUCCACGUUUCAGAAGACUGGGGGAGCUCUAUGCGGUGGGCGAGAGUGACAAAGAGACUUGACCAUAGACCCACAGUUACCCUUUGUCAUUUCCCUCAUCCUUACAUGUAAUGCUAGGGUUGCCAGAUAUUAGAAACAGCUGUUAAGAAAGGAACAUCUUUUUUUUCAUUAGUACAGGAAAGUAUAACAUUCAUCUACCAUAUCAAAAGCAUUGUAACGUUGAGCCAAACUAAACAAUGUUUAUAUUAUGAGGUCUAUGAUUCUUGUGGAAUGUGAAUUAGAUUUUGUUGAGUGUCUAGCAGUAUUUGGGGUAUUUUGUUGUUCACUGUGACCUCAAGAACAUUAAGAUCUGGAUUCUUGAUAAUUGCUGGAAUAACCAAGUUGGAGGACACAAUGGACAAGGCACGAACCACUGAGACUAUGUAGUUGUUGGUCUGUGGAGGGCAUAGAAACUCUCUGGAGUAGAUUGAAAUCAUGAACCAUUAUGUAGGCGGGGGGGUAGUAUUGGCUAAUUGAACAAAAAUAGCAAUAUACAGUCUUCAAUACAAUUGUGAAUGUAAGUAUUUUAAAAAUGACAAUAAUGGCUUUAAUAGGCAUUUGUUGAGAUACCAUUUGAUACCAGGUGACCACCUUUAUUAUAUAAACUGGAUGAGCCGACUGGCUUUCUUUAUACAACUUUAUAUUGAUGAGUUCCAAGCACUGCUUGGAUAGUUUGCCUAUAAUGGAAAGCUGAUAAACUGAGAUAAAGUGAGGCCUUCUUUUUGCCUAAGCAAGUAUUAAAUACAGUUGUAUUCAAGAUGUGUUUUUUAACGAUAUGCAGUUCUGUCGCUAUAAUAUUUAGACCUAUGUUUUAUACCGUAACUUAUUUGUGCUACAGGUAUUAAAUGGGUGUAAUUUGCUUUCAUUUUUCUAGCAUUCACUAGGCUAGUUAUUUCAUUUAAAUGGAAUACGAUGUUCAGAUAAGGCAGUUAAUAUAUUCAUUUCCAAACAACAUUAUCAAUUUUAAAUUGGUAAUAACUGCUAAACUAUACAUGAGACCUAUGUUAACACACAUUACACUGUAUAUACAUGGAUACCAGUGAUCAUUGAAGCACAAUAACAUGGACAAUGAAGUUACGUGGCUUUCACAUGAUCAGCAUCAAAACUCUCGACAUGGCAUCAAGCCAUUAAAUUCCUAUGAAGGUGUGUUGAUGCCCGACUUGGCAACAACGCAAAGCCUGGCAUAGCAUACAGCUCAAAAUAAAGCUAAGUUCAAAGCCAUUAGGGUUCAAAUCGGUUAAACGUUUACCUUGUUUGAAGCUGACCUUUCCUAGCGUGUCCAAUCACAUCACAGCUUUGUAUAAAGCAGAAAGACGUAGCCUACGCUACAGAGCCCCGGCAGAGCAGUUUCAUGUCGGCUAGUUGCCUAACUGAGUUAACCGGUUAGUUCUUGACAUUUUCAGAUAAACUCAAAUUAUUAAUUUUAUAACCACAAAAAAAACUACUACUAUCACAUGAUGUUGCGGCUUGUUACAGUUUAAUGAAGAAAUGGCUUUCUGGAUGGAUGAAGUUUCAACCUUGGUUUCAACAACUGCCAGCGCUCGAUUCUUCCCAUGUGUAGUCACUGCCUCACUUGGCGUUGAAUGCAGCGUUUGAGUUUUGUCAUGUGAAAACUGCUUUAAUGUGAAUAUUUGAGCCCUGAACCUUCAAGCAGUUACAUUUAAAAGGCUGCUAAACUAAACCAGUGCAAAAACAGAAACAUGUUUAUUGUGCAACACUGUAUAAUAUUACAUGUACAUAGAAUUAUUCAUAAAGUUAUUAGCUUUUCUCAAAAGCAAUCUGAGGUUCUAUCAAUGCCCAUUAGCACACAGGAACGUGAAACAGCUUAUAAGCUGUAUGCAUACUCAGUUUGUACCAAUACAGUAUAUGGCAGUUGUCAGUAGACUUGACAGUAUACAGUAUAUUAAUUAGUCUUACAUGCAUAUCAUAUUUUCUACUGUGCUUUAAGGCUUACAAACUUGUAUGUUUAAUUAUUUACUCUAUGUAUUGUUAUCAAAGAUAUCCCUGUAUUGUUUCCUACUUUGUGAAAUAUAUUUUUAUAAAUA